UGUCUGUGAUAAUGAAGCCUUUGUUUUCCGAAUUUGCGAAUACCCGUGUUUGCCUGGCCAGUCCGGCGCUUGCUUUUCGCCUUGCGUGUUCUGUUAUCGGUCACGAGAUUGCGGCGAUUGAUUUUCUGCUAAGGCUGUUAGUUUGUCGCCCCUUUGCCAGUACACUUGUUUGCCUCGUUCUUCCGUUGCUUGCCGCUUCGUCUUGUGCGUUCUACUGUCGGCCGCGACACUAAGGUGAUUGAGUGUUUUGUUACGUCGUAAAGUUGGUUCUGUUCCUUGCGCCACUGGUCCUUUGUCGUGUUGGUCGCGGCUCGCGGAUCCCCUGAGCGAAGGCGAGGGGGCCUUCAUCGGGCACCCAACGUGUUUUUUUUUUUUCGUUUUCUUUUUCUUUUUCUGGAGUACGGUUCCAUGCCACGGAUACCACGAAAACAAGGAAACCGCCCCAUCUUGAGGCAGCUGGCAAUUCCCCUUAGGCCUACCUGUAUCGCUCCGACAUCGGGUCCCACAGCUGCCGCAUUUGUACCCAACCGCCCGAACAGCACCGGGAAGAUGAAAGUGGAAGCAGCCAGCACGCGCAAGAGUCUUCUGGGCGAAGGGCCGCACUGGGACGAGCGCAACUCGACGCUGCUCAUGGUCGACGCCCUCGGGCGGGAGGUGGUGCGCUACGACCCCUCGUGUGGCACGGAGUCGCAGGUCAUCCGCACGGAAGGUGACCUGGGCAACGUCAUCCCUUUCGCGGAUGACAACCGCCAGGUGGCGCUUUGCAUGGAGCAGGGCCUGUACCGGCUCAACCUAGACACGCACCAGAAGGAGCUACUUGUCGAGAUGCUCGACCCCGAGUCCCCGGUGAAGUCCAGGCUCAACGAUGGCAAGUGUGACGCCCUGGGGCGCCUCUGGACUGGGUCGAUGCCCUCCACAGGAGUGCAGAACGUGAUACCAGGGAAGAACAACUUCUGGUGCUACUCGAAGGGAAAGCUGCAGCACAAGUUGGACGGGGUGACCCUCUCCAAUGGCAUCACGUGGACGACGGACAACAGGGUCAUGUUCUACGACGACUCAGUGCCCGGACAGAUCUACGCCUUCGAUUUCGACCUCACCGCGGGAGAGAUCUCAAACCGGCGAUUGCUGGCCGACUUCAGCACGACGCCCGGCUACGAAGGGCUGGGCGUCCCGGACGGCAUGACCAUCGACCUCAACAACAAGAUCUGGGUUGCGUGCUUCGGAGGCAGCGCGGUGGUGCAGAUAGACCCCGAGACCGCCAAGAUCCUGACCAAGAUAAGCUUUCCGGCCAAGUACACCACAUCGUGCUGCUUCGGAGGCAAGAACUACGACGUUCUGUACGUCACGACAGGCAGUUUUCGUCCAGACGCCACUAGGCCCGAGGACGGCCUACUCUAUAGGGUUACCGAGCUGGGAGCAAAGGGCAAGGCAGCUUACGAGUUUGCCGGUUAGACCCUAGCCGUGCUAGGUGUGCCAAUUGACACCGUCGCCAUGCCGAAGCGACGGGAAGGCGGAAAGACAUAUUGGGCAUAUGAGGCGAAGUGUGGCGUUGUAAAUUGAAAUAAAUCAUCCAGAUAAU